AUGGAGUGCGAGAACGCCCGCGUUGCUGCUACCAACGGCGACUCCCUGUGCAUGGCGACACCGCGCGCCGACCCGCUUAACUGGGGAAAGGCGGCGGAGGAGCUGAUGGGCAGCCACCUCGACGAGGUGAAGCGGAUGGUGGCCGAGUACCGCCAGCCCUUGGUGAAGAUCGAGGGCGCCAGCCUCCGCAUCGCGCAGGUGGCCGCCGUGGCCGCCGGCGCUGGCGAGGCCCGCGUCGAGCUCGACGAGUCCGCCCGUGGCCGGGUCAAGGCCAGCAGCGACUGGGUCAUGAACAGCAUGAUGAACGGCACCGACAGCUACGGCGUCACCACCGGCUUCGGCGCCACGUCCCACAGGAGGACCAAGGAGGGCGGCGCUCUCCAGAGGGAGCUCAUCCGGUUCCUCAACGCUGGCGCAUUCGGCACCGGCACCGACGGCCACGUCCUGCCGGCCGAAGCCACGAGGGCGGCCAUGCUCGUCCGCAUCAACACCCUGCUCCAGGGGUACUCCGGCAUCCGCUUCGAGAUCCUGGAGGCGAUCGUCAAGCUGCUCAAUGCCAACGUCACGCCGUGCCUGCCGCUCCGCGGCACGGUCACCGCGUCCGGCGACCUCGUGCCGCUCUCCUACAUUGCCGGCCUCGUCACCGGGCGCGAGAACUCUGUUGCAGUCGCCCCGGAUGGCAGCAAGGUGAACGCCGCAGAGGCGUUCAAGAUUGCCGGCAUCCAGGGCGGCUUCUUCGAGCUGCAGCCCAAGGAGGGUCUUGCGAUGGUGAACGGCACGGCCGUGGGCUCUGGCCUUGCCUCCACCGUGCUCUUUGAGGCGAACAUCCUAGCCAUCCUUGCCGAGGUCCUGUCCGCCGUGUUCUGCGAGGUCAUGAACGGCAAGCCGGAGUACACCGACCACCUGACCCACAAGCUGAAGCACCACCCGGGACAGAUCGAGGCGGCUGCCAUCAUGGAGCACAUCUUGGAGGGAAGCUCCUACAUGAAGCUUGCCAAGAAGCUCGGCGAGCUGGACCCGUUGAUGAAGCCGAAGCAGGACCGGUACGCGCUCCGCACGUCGCCGCAGUGGCUUGGCCCCCAGAUUGAGGUUAUCCGUGCCGCCACCAAGUCCAUUGAGCGCGAGAUCAACUCCGUCAACGACAACCCGCUCAUCGAUGUCGCCCGCAGCAAGGCUCUUCACGGUGGCAACUUCCAGGGCACGCCCAUCGGGGUGUCCAUGGACAACACCCGUCUCGCCAUCGCAGCCAUCGGCAAGCUCAUGUUUGCGCAGUUCUCUGAGCUCGUCAACGACUACUACAACAACGGCUUGCCCUCCAACCUGUCCGGUGGGCGCAACCCCAGCUUGGACUACGGCUUCAAGGGCGCCGAGAUCGCCAUGGCGUCCUACUGCUCUGAGCUGCAGUUCCUGGGGAACCCGGUCACCAACCACGUCCAGAGCGCGGAGCAGCACAACCAGGACGUGAACUCGCUCGGACUCAUCUCCUCCAGGAAGACCGCUGAGGCCAUCGAGAUCCUGAAGCUCAUGUCCUCGACGUUCCUGAUCGCCCUGUGCCAGGCGGUCGACCUGCGGCACAUCGAGGAGAACACUCUGAGCACCAACUCCACCGGCGGUCUCCACGUCGCGCGCUUCUGCGAGAAGGACCUGCUCCAGGAGAUCGAGCGCGAGGCGGUGUUCGCGUAUGCCGACGACCCCUGCAGCGCUAACUACCCGCUGAUGAAGAAGCUUCGCAACGUGCUCGUGGAGCGCGCCCUCGCCAACGGCGCUGCCGAGUUCGACGCCGAGACAUCCGUGUUCGCCAAGGUCGCCCAGUUCGAGGAGGAGCUGCGCGCGGCGCUGCCCAAGGCGGUGGAGGCUGCACGGGCGGCUGUCGAGAACGGCACGGCAGCGGUACCAAACAGAAUCACCGAGUGCCGCUCCUACCCGCUCUACCGCUUCGUGCGCGAGGAGGUCGGAGCCGUGUACCUCACAGGCGAGAAGACGCGCUCUCCCGGCGAGGAGCUCAACAAGGUGCUCGUUGCCAUCAACCAGGGCAAGCACAUCGACCCGUUGCUCGAGUGCCUCAAGGAGUGGAACGGCGAGCCCCUGCCCAUCUGCUGA